GGGGACGUAAGCUGUACGGGGCGAGCGUAGCUCCGCCACCGCCGCCGCCUCAUCACCACCCGCGGGCGCCUCUCGUUUUCGCGCCUCAGGACAUGAGGCAGAUACUGAAGGAGGAACCGGUGCCACGUGCUUGGCCACAGCCCGCGCUCGCCGAUAACGGGACAGUCGGUGUGGGCAGAGCUCAUUUCGAGAAACAACCACCGAGCAAUUUACGAAAGAGUAAUUUUUUCCAUUUCGUGAUCGCUCUCUAUGAUCGACACGGCCAGCCUAUCGAGAUAGAAAGGACUUCCUUCAUGGGAUUUGUGGAAAAAGACCAGGAAUCCGAGGGCCAAAAAACGAACAACGGCAUUCAAUAUAGUCUACAUCUACUGUACUCUAAUGGUGUCAGACAGGUGCAAGACAUCUACGUGAGGCUCAUUGACUCUGCAACGAAACAGGCUAUCAUGUACGAGGGUCAGGAUAAAAAUCCUGAAAUGUGCAGGGUUCUUCUUACUCACGAAGUUAUGUGCAGUCGGUGUUGCGAUAAAAAAAGUUGCGGGAACAGGAACGAAACGCCAAGCGACCCAGUGAUCAUCGACCGAUUCUUCCUCAAGUUCUUCCUUAAGUGCAACCAGAACUGCCUUAAGAAUGCCGGCAACCCACGUGAUAUGAGACGUUUCCAGGUGGUCAUUUCGACGCAAGUAGGAGUAGAGGGACCACUGCUGGCAGUCUCGGACAACAUGUUCGUUCACAACAACAGCAAACACGGCCGUAGAACGAAACGAUUGGAUCCCAGCGAUCCUGGCGAGUACAACAGUCUCUACACGCCAGUGCCGCUGCAAACGCCGUGUAUAAAGGCGAUAUCGCCGAACGAAGGUUGGACAUCCGGUGGAUCCACGGUAAUAAUUAUUGGCGAGAACUUCUUCGACGGGCUUCAAGUUGUUUUCGGAUCGAUGCUAGUUUGGAGCGAGUUAAUUACACCAAAUGCAAUUAGAGUACAAACUCCACCACGACAAAUACCAGGCGUCGUUGAAGUCACGUUAUCUUAUAAGACUAAACAAUUCUGUAAAGGAGCACCUGGUAGAUUCGUUUAUGUCUCAUUAAAUGAACCAACGAUCGAUUACGGCUUCCAAAGGUUACAAAAGCUUAUCCCGCGGCAUCCUGGUGAUCCAGAGAAAUUACCAAAGGAAAUUAUACUGAAAAGGGCAGCGGAUCUCGCGGAAGCGUUAUAUAGUAUGCCUAGGAGUGGAAACGCUGGUAUCACAGGAGCGCCGAGAAGUCCGGGUUCGGGGCAUCCAACAGCACCUCCAACUUCUAGUUCGGCCACCGCGUUCAAUUCGUAUACAGGACAACUCGCGGUGACGGUACAGGAAAACGGUAGCGCGGCGAAAUGGACAGACGACGGUAGUUCCGUGACGACAGGAGCUGGUGCUGGCGGCGGAGCCGGCGGUGGCGGCAGCGUUGGGGGUAGCGUCGGUGGUAGUGCCGACGCUUACAGGCAAAGUAGCAGCGCGAGUCCUCGCGGAGUCGUAACUGGCGGCGGUUAUUGCGGAAGUUCGGCUAGCACACCGCACAGUCACAGCACGAAUGGAAGUUAUUCCGUGGCUAACCCGUACACCGGUAGUCCAACACUUUACACGUCGCGACUAGGCGAAGUGGUCGGUUCACCGUUCAAUGUGAAUCCGUUUAUGUUGCCCACCUGCAGCCAGGGAUAUUCAAACGCCGCCAGCCCGUUGCUCUCCUCGAACGGCAAAUAGUGUUACGAAAUGUAAGCUCCAGCGGAACCAUCGGAUAUGCGUUCACGAAAGUGAAAUCCAUCGACGCAGAGGAUCUCAACGAAUUCAGACAUCUCGAUAAUCAUCGUACUCGCGAUUGACAAUCGCUUUCUUGAAUCGAAGCCAGACCUCUCGAUUCGCCUAUUUUUUCGUUUCACCACAGACUGAGAAACGAAACGCGUCUACGGAUGAUUUUCGUCGGAGCUGAAUCGACGUUCAGAGUUCAGUUUUGGGAGAUCGUAUCGAAACCAGUGCAAACGAUUGACAGCGUUUCAUCGUUAACGAUGAUCGAAUAAGUUAAGGAAUGAUACAUAUCGAAGUACAUAAGGGUGUUUUUCUACAUCUAUUAACAUAAUCAUUCGGUUGAUUUGUUAUGGAAUACUUAAUUACAAUUCCUAAACAAUCAGCACACACUUAUUUUUAUGGAAGAAUUAUUAAUUUUAUUUAAAAUAAUAUGAACUUCCCAAAUAUAAAUCUAGAAAUGUUCUUUAAGAACGGCUGAUAUAAAAGUGAUUAAUUAAAUAUCAAUUUUAAUUGCAAUCAUUAGUAUUUCAAAUAAACAAUCGAAUGAUUAUACUCUUUCCGUGUCUUCGAUAUUGCUAUUGUUUUUAAUGUAGCUAUCCCGACACGAAGAGUCGAGUUAUUGAUAGAGUCGAGUACCUCCUUCGCCCUGCGUCUCCUCUCGUAUACGGAAACAUUAAACGAUUAUAAACUAAUGACAAGUAUUUUCAACGUGUUUUUUCUUCGAUUUUACGAUAAGAUGCUGUGACGAAUUCGCCCGAAUAAUUGAAGGGGGAGGCUCUCAGUGGCAAUAGUAUACGCAGGCGGGGACGUUCACAGGGUGCUGAGCAAUUUUAUAUCAAAGCAAGCAAAGAGGCUAAACGAGAGUCUAGGGUCGCAAACGACUUAACUGCUAGACGGACAUAUCGCUUAUCAGUGAAUAACAGACAUCAUAGUUUUAGAGAGCAUUUUCGAGUUUGAAAUUUUAACUUCCUACCCGUACGUUUUAAGAGAUUAACCAUUAUCGGCUAGGUAGCGUAACGUCUAACUUGUAAUUUGUACAUUUCCCUGUAAAUAUUGUUGCGAUGUACAAAAAGAUAAAACUAUUUCCAGGAAUUCAACGAAACGAUAUUAACGUGAUUAUAGGGCAAAAAUUAUUAUACAUAGAUGUAAAUAAUCGUAGAGCGUCAUAGCUUGAUUCGUAUACAUAAUGAUUAUAUGCUGGCGAUCCAAUCUUUUAACGUGCGAAUCGCGCGCGCGCGUACGCAAUUCUUCGCUAUUUGAGGUGACCAUUUCCGACCUCGGCGAAACGCAUUAUUUCAUUCAACGUAUACCUAUGUAUGAACGAUUUAUACGUUCAAUAUAAAUAUAUAUAUAUAUAUAUACACACACACGAUAGUUACGUUGAUAUGAAUGGAAAUGGAAAACGAUGUUAAAAAUUGGAAUCGUCUGCAAUGACUGUAUAAAACGUAUAGUUGAUUUGAAUCGUUCGAUAAACCGGCCCAAAAUAAAGGAGGAAAAAUAAAGCAAACGCAAGAAACGAAUCUGACGAAAGUAUACGAAGCAUGUACCGUUACUGAAUUGAAAUUCCCAAAUUAGUCCAGAUUUUACAGCAGUUUACAAGCGAAGCGUAGAUCGUAUCGUCUUUUUUUUGCCUCGAAACGAGUAUCGUUAAAAAGACGUUAUUAUUGUAAAGAGUUCCUUUUUGCAUAUCACUUUAUCAAGCGCACCUUGCGCCGUGGAGGGCGCGCUCCUCCGUCUCGGAGCCACCGCGAUGCUCUGUGGUCUUGUGAUCUUGAUUGCGAACAUUAUCAACUUUCGUUCAAUCACAUAUUGUCAUCUUUUACAUGACGUGUCGUUUUUGUACGCAUGCGAACGCACACUCACGAGCACGUAAACGCGCGUACAAACACUCGUCGAUGUAUAUUGAAAUAAAUUAAACUUACAUUUUUGAGAAUUAAAAUCAACCGUUUGCAGUUCAUUUACAAAUCCUACCAUCACCUCAAUUUACUGUAGUUAACAAACUAUAGUUAAUAAACUAUUGUAAAAACAUGUUGAGUACUUAAAAUUGCGCCGGAUAUUAAAUAGAAAUGUACUAUUAAAAAAUAGUAUGGUAUUAGGAAAGUAUUGGAAAUUGCCCAAAUUUAGAAGAUGA